AAUUAGUGGGCCGCGCCACAUUAGUCGCUAUUCGUAAUCGACGUCGGGCAGCUCUCGUGUGCAUCCACCAUCAUCAUCCACCAUAGGGCCUAUCAGGGUGCAGCAGCGGCAGGAAGCAGCAGCAGCAGCAGCGGUUCGUUCGCAACUUCACAACGGACACGGCGGCAACAUGAGCGACACCUGCGGCUCGAAGGUGAUCGAGUUCUACCAGGACUCGGUCGUCCUGAUCACCGGUGCGAGCGGUUUCCUCGGCAAGGUACUGCUGGAAAAGCUGCUCCGAUGUCUGGACGCGCGCAAGAUAUACGUGCUGAUACGCCGAAAGCGUGACUACAGCGCACAGAUACGAUUAGAGCAGAUCCUCAAGUCGAUGCUAUUCGACCGUGUGCGGAACGAGACCAAGGCAGCGAAGGCCCUAUUUGACAAGAUCGAGGCGGUCGAGGUGAACUUCGAGCGGGAUGAUCUCGGCCUCGAGCCCGGGCUGCGCGAUCGUAUUCGGCACGAGGUGGAGGUCGCGUUCAAUCUGCUCGCUUCGGUCAACUUCAACGAAGCGCUCGAUCAGGCGCUGGAAACGAACGUCGAGUGUACGCGGCGCGUGCUCAACCUGCUCAGCGGUGCCCGCCGCAUCAAGUCCAUCAUCCACGUGUCGACGUUCUACUCGAACUGCAACCGGACGCUGAUCGAGGAGAAGAUCUACGACGACAUCGGGUUCGGCGGGUACGACAACAUCAAGAGCACGUUCGCGAAGCUGCAGGACGAUCACAAACAGUUCCUGUCACCGGUCGUCCUCGGCACGUUCCCGAACUCGUACACGUUCAGCAAAAAGUGUGCCGAGGUGGUGGUGCGCGACAAGUUCGGCCAUCUGCCAAUCGGCGUAUUUAGACCACCGAUAGUGACCUCCAGCUACCGGGAGCCCGUACCUGGAUGGGUCGAUAACUUUAACGGACCGAGCGGUAUGGUGGUGCCACUCUCCCAGGGACUGUACAGUGCCGCCCUGCUCGAUCCCAAAAAGAAGCCGUUCAUCGUACCGGUCGACUUCUGCGUCAAUGCGCUGCUCGUGUGCGCGUACGAUGUGAGCAAAUCGAGCGUCACCAAGAGCAUUCCCGUCUACAACUACACCGACGACUGCAACCUCUGGACCUGGGAUCAGGUGAUCAAUGGGUUCUUUAGCGGUCUCGGACCAAUCCGGAAACUAGUGGCAAAAUACUUCACCGGCACAAUCACGGUCAACCCGGUGCGGUACGCAAUCUGCAAGCGAAUCAUGAUGUUCCAGGCGUUCUGUCUGGAUCUGAUCCGGACCUUCAGUGGAAAGGAAAAAAUAAUGCAACGAUUGUUCUCCAAGAUGGUGACGCUGAGCGAAGUGUUGCGCUUCUUCUGCCUGAACGACUGGAAGAUGACUAACGCCAACAUCCGCCGGAUCAGCGACGAGAUGUCACCGCUCGAGGCGGAACUGUUCCCGCUCGACAUCAGGAAGAUCGACUGGACCGAGUACUACCGGAACUUUGUGCCGGGCGUGAUCAAGUACGCCGUCCAGCCGCGCAGCCCGCGCAGUCCGAGCAUCAGCGAGCGGAAGCUGAAGGAGUCGAAGCUGCGGGAAACGAAAAAGCUCAACAGUGGCCUGUUCUACCUGCUGUGGAGCUCCGUGUUUAUUAUCGCGCUGAAGAUAUUCAAAAAUCUCUUCAACAAGGUGUGAAGAACUUUCCAACUCCAAGUACGCUUCCAAUUUAUUUAGGUUGAAUUUAAGACGGAAAAUGGGACACGAACACAACAGCAUCACACGGUACACAUUUUCACAAAACCCCACACACACACACAACACACACACACACAGCCCACACUCAAACACUGUUUAAAAUGCUGAAACGGGAACGGGAUAUAUAGGGCAGGAUGUAUAGGUCCUGCAAACACGGCGCAACCACGCAUCAACCAGCAAGCAGCCAGCAAAGCCAGCGAGCCGCUACAACUAUUUACUACGAACGCAUGUAAUCACACGAACAAAACAACACCCACACACGUACACGUACACACUACACUUUGAAAACGGAAACGGAAACAUCAACAUCACGAAAAAACAUCAUUUAAAGUAUAGCGUAAUAAUAACAAGAAAAAACAACAACUUUGCCACUAGCUACGUAGAGCUAAGAUACCUGAAGUUCAGUGACAGAUUUUUUCCACAAAUGAUAACGAUUAAAUUAAUUAAUGAAUAAAAUAAAACAUUUU